AUGGAUGCUCAAGACCCGAACGACCCUAAUGUCGACUCUGCUGCUGGGACUGCUGAGGCUGGGAAUAAAAGGAAUACAACAGACUCUGCUCUACCACCUAAGCCAAAGAGGAAGUAUCCUAAAAGGGCUGAGGUAUGGCGACACUUCAUUCAGAGGAAUGAGGAUGAUAAGUAUAGUUUCUAUAAGUAUUGUAGGACAGAAGUAGGGUGUGAUACGGUUCUAGCAGGGACUAGUUCGAUGAGGGGUCACAUUCGUAUAUGCAAAUUGUACAAGGAUUUCAAUGAGAGGGAGAGUCAGAAGGCAUUAGGUACUGAUAAUCAAGGGAAUAUGAGGGUCAUUAGGUAUGAUCCUCAACUGUUUAGGCAAUUGGUUAAUGAAUUGGUUGUGGUGAAUGAGUUGCCAUUCUCUUUUGUUGAAUCUGAAGGGUGGAAGCGGUUUUGUUUCAACAUUCUGCCAUUAUAUCAGACUUUCUCUAGAAAGACCUGUUCUAAGGACAUUGCUGGGAGGUAUCUGCAAGAGAAAUCAGAGCUUAAACACUUGUUUAGUGUUGAGAAACAAAGAGUCUCUCUAACCACUGAUAUAUGGGUUUCACAAUCCACAUCUGUCAACUACAUGGUUGUGACUGGUCACUGGAUUGAUGAGAAUUGGGUAAUGCAGAAAAGGAUACUUAGCUUCAAGAUAGUGACGGAUCACAAAGGAGAGACAAUUGCAGGACAGCUGCUUAAUUGCUUAGAGGAUUGGGGGAUUGAGAAAGUCUUCACAGUUACGGUUGAUAAUGCUAAGGGGAAUGACAAAGGUCUGAAGGUUUUUAGAGAAGCGUUGAUGCUGAAAGAAGUUGGAGCUUUAGUAAGCAAUGGUGAAUUCAUGCAUAUGAGGUGUUGUGCUCACAUUCUCAAUCUAAUUGUGGGAGAUGGUCUGAAAAUGGCAAAUAACAGCAUUGUUGCUAUCCGGAAUGCCAUCAAAUAUGUGAGAUCUUCUUUUACGAGAUUGAAGUCCUUUCAAUUGAGAGGCAGCUUGCCUCUCGAUGUGGUUACAAGGUGGAAUUCAACAUAUCUUAUGCUCACCGCAGCUUUGAAGUUAAGAGUAGCCUUUGAGAAGAUGCUGAGUGAGGACAAGUUGUACGAUGAAUACUUCCUGGAAGAUGAUGAGAAGACUAAGCAGUCACGUGUUGGACCACCAAUGUAUUCUGAUUGGGAAAAGGCUGCAAGGUUAGUGAAGUUUCUCAAGGUCUUUUACAAAUGCACUUUGACAUUCUCGGCUUCCACAACUGUGAUCUCGACUGUUUCUUACAAGGAGAUUGUAAACAUUGAAAGAAAUUUAAUUACUAAGUGUGGAAACAGUGAUGAGGAGGUUAGGAAGCAUGCUCACAUUAUGAGAGAUAAAUUUGAGAAGUAUUGGGAUGGGUUAAUAAUUAUGAAUCCGCUAGUUAUUGUUGGUAGUGUCUUUGAUCCUAGGAAUAAGAUGCAGUUUGCUAGUCUAUGCUUUGAACAACUUUAUGGUAAGGAUACAAUCGAGUGUAGGAAGCUUACUAAAUUAGUCACAAGUGUGAUGAAAAAACUGUAUGAGGAAUACAGUUUCAGACUUAGCAUACCUGUUGAGGUUGAGCAACCCGAAGCAUCACAGGCAGCAAAUACUAUGGCUGCCUUAUCUGAUGAUAAUGAUGAUGAUGGCUGUGAGGGGGUAGUAGUUGGCUGCAGUGAGUUGGAUAUCUACUUAACUGAGAAAACAAAUGUUAGAGUGGAGACUGCUUUGGGUUUCCCUUAUGAUGUCCUCUCAUGGUGGAAGUGUAACACCCAGAAAUUCCUUAUCUUGUCUGCUAUGGCUAAGGAUGUUCUAGCUAUCCAAGUCUCAUCUGUCGGUUCAGAAUUAGUGUUUAGUACUAGUGACCGAGUAUUGGAUUCAUAUAGGAGUUCUUUAACUCCUUAUAUGGUUGAAGUAUUGAUGCUCACUCAGCAAUGGCUAAGGUGA